CUUUGGAGGAAACCUGCCCGGCUUUUAGCAUGAUGUCUUACCUUAAACAGCCCCCUUAUGGUAUGAACGGGCUGGGGCUGACGGGCCCCGCCAUGGACCUGCUGCAUCCCUCCGUGGGGUACCCGGCCACCCCGCGGAAGCAGCGGCGGGAGCGCACCACCUUCACCCGCUCGCAGCUGGACGUGCUGGAGGCACUCUUCGCCAAGACCCGCUACCCCGACAUCUUCAUGCGGGAGGAGGUCGCCCUGAAGAUCAACCUGCCCGAAUCCCGAGUCCAGGUCUGGUUCAAGAACCGCCGUGCCAAGUGCCGGCAGCAGCAGCAGAGCGGCGGUGGGGCCAAGAGCCGUCCGGCCAAGAAGAAAUCCUCGCCGGCUCGCGAGAGCUCAGGUUCGGAGAGCAGCGGGCAGUUCACGCCGCCGGCAGCGGCCUCCAGCUCGGCCUCCUCUUCCUCCUCCAGCUCGGCCUCAUCUGCCCCGGCGGGUGCCCCGGCGUCUCUCAGCACCCCGGCGUCAUCCAUCUGGAGCCCGGCUUCCAUCUCUCCUGGCGCGGCGCCGGCGGGGGUGACGGUGCCCGAGCCCUUGCCGCCGGCUGCCGCGUCCUGCAUGCAACGGGCCGGCCCCGCCGCCGCUGCCGCCUCCGCCAGCUACCCCGUCUCCUACGGCCAAGGCGGGGGGUACGGGCAGGGUUACCCCGCGCCGCCCUCCUCAUCCUAUUUCGGGGGCGUGGAUUGCAGCUCCUACCUGGCACCCAUGCACUCCCACCACCAUCCCCACCAGCUCAGCCCCAUGGGGCCCUCCUCGGUGCCUGGCCACCACCACCACCACCCGCUGAGCCAGAGCUCGGGCCACCACCACCAUCAUCACCAUCACCACCACCACCAGGGCUACGGCGGCACCGCGCUGCCCUUCAACUCCUCCGACUGCCUGGACUACAAGGAGCCCGCCGCUGCCGCCGCUGCCUCCUGGAAGCUCAACUUCAACUCCCCCGACUGCCUCGACUACAAGGACCAGGCGUCCUGGCGCUUCCAGGUCUUGUGAGGGGCUGACCGCCGUCCGUCCCCCCCCAGCCACCACAGACCCCCCGCCCUGGGUCUCCCCGCCGCCUUCGGGGCAGGACUCCAAUUCUUCCUCCUCCUCCUCCUCC